GUCGGCUCUCAAUGGGGGCGGCGGCGGAAACAAACCCAUUGUGGAACCUAUAAAAAGAAAGGCACUGAGAUCAUAAAAUACCAGACUGAGUGAGCCUUUCUGCUUUCUGAUCGUAUGCACGGACAGACGGGGCACAUCAGUACUUUGAUGCAACUGGGCAUGCAAGCAUAAACUGGUUGAAUGGCAACUUAAAAAAAGUUCGCGAAAAACUUCACUUUACAUAUUUCUUGCAACUUCAGCCCUCACUUGAGUUAACGUAAAAAGAUUUAGGAGUAUUCUUUUUUAUAACCACGGAAAGGAGUCUGAUAUAAAAUUGUCAAUUUAGAUUCUCACCUCACCGUUCAGUGUGGGUGCAAAAUCUGUUUUUACGUUUGAAAGGUAACAUCAGGAACAAUCAGAAUUUUCUUGCAUUUUUAUCCUGUGUUUCUACGAUUCAGCUGAUUUGAAAUGUUGCUCCCGACGUGCACGCGCCUGUUCUGCCUGUGGCUCCUGCUGGCGGCGGUGCUGAGACUGGGAAGUCUUCAAAACUCUGACGACUCCAGAUCGAAGGUGAACGCUAUCAAGUCAAGUCUGACAAGUCAGGAUCCGACUCAGGCCAGCAACAACCGCUCCGCUGUUUUUCACUCAGCGUUUCAUAGCAAGAAAGGCGCCGCUGUUGGGCAGGUGUAUCCCUGUAGCAAUGAUAAGGAAUGCAGCAUUGGAAGCUUUUGCCACAGUCCUCAGAAGGGUCCCACGAGAUGCUUGGCUUGUAGGAGAAAGAAGAAACGUUGCAACAGAAACAGCAUGUGCUGCCCAGGAAAUCACUGCAGCAAUGGUAUCUGUAUUGCAAAUUCGGAAAGUAUUCUGACUGCUCACAUUCCUAUUAUAGAUGGUCAUAACAAAAAGAAUGGGCAGCUUACCACCAGAGAUAUGGGGUGGCAAAACAUAGGAAAAACACAAUCAAAGUUACCGCACGUAAAAGGACAUGAAGGAGAUUCUUGCCUUCGCUCCUCUGACUGUGCAGAAGGCUUCUGCUGCGCUCGCCAUUUCUGGACCAAGAUCUGCAAGCCAGUUCUUCAGCAGGGGGAGGUGUGCACAAAACAAAGGAAAAAAGGGUCACAUGGUCUUGAGAUUUUCCAGCGGUGUGACUGCGCCAAGGGACUUUCUUGUAAAAUCUGGAAAGACGCCACUUCUUCCUCAAAAUCGAGACUCCAUGUGUGUCAGAAAAUAUAACAGAAGAUAAAUCCUGCUUUGAAAAUGUGAAAUACAAGUAUUUACUUUACAGAGUCCUAUAAAGACUUUUCAAUGACACUAAAGUAUGAACAUGGAUAAUAGAAGGAAUCCAAAUGGUCUACUCUACGUGGCAAUAAAUGUACUAAUAAAUGUAACGUAGAUUUGGUACCCUGUCAAAAGACUUUUUUUUAUUGUGACAUGAUCUACAGUAUAAUGAGGAUAAAUGUAGCUGCCUUGGUGUAAGACAAUACUUUUAAAUGCAAAUUCUGUCUUACAGAAAAGGAGAAAAUAACUGCAUCGAGUAUGUAAAUCAGUUGUUUUUCAUGCAUUUUUACUGUUAGUCUUUCCUUAUGUGUUGACAUUUAAUAGAGACACCUAGUUAUUCACCAGAGAUUAUUGCAGAAUAGACAAACUAAAAGGAAAUAAAAACACUACAACUGAAAUCUGUUUGCAAUUUUCAUAAGGUAGCAGAAAGCUCAUUCCUCAUUUUGUAGAGUGAAGCUAUGGAAUCAGUUGUUUUAAUGUAAACUGAGGGUAAUCUGUUACAAUAAUUUAAAAAAAUGAUUCAGUUUAAAGUGCAAAAACAAGAUGAAUUUCACUUAUUUCAUUUAUUCACAGAGUACUUUUCAAGCGAUAUGCACAAAGUGCUUUCCAAUGACAGAACAAAAAGGUAUAAAAAAGAAUAACUUAAAUAAAGAACCAUUGCAAUAUUUCAUAUAAAAUGGUAUAAAAAAUGUACAUCAGCAUAUACAACAUAUCCCAUUUUAAAGUUAACCAUUUAUCCAGACAAUUUUGUAAAUUAUAUUUAAGCUGGGUAAUGCUUCUUAAAUGACACAAAAAGAGCACUGAGUGAUGCAAUAUCUUAAAGAUUAAAGGACAGGUAGGGUACGAAUGACCAACACUGCAAAAGUGACCCUAUUGGGCAGGGAUAAAGAAUGUUGGCAAGCAUCUGAAGGAAAAAGAAAUUUAUUUAAGUAGACAUCAUCAUAUAACCUUGAGAAGAAUUCCACUUUGAGGAAUUCACUUAGCAAGUAAAGCUGGUAGGUUUUUUGCAUACAUUACUGCAAGGUGUAAUACAUGAGGAAACGUCUCAUUUGAUAGCAAACAUUUAAAUGUAGCACUAUCACUCUUUUGAAGAAAGAAAGAAAGAAAGAAAGAAAGAAAGAAAGAAAGAAAGAAAGAAAGAAAGAAAGAAAGAAAGAAAGAAAGAAAGAAAGAAAGAAAGAAAGAAAGAAAUGGAAUAGUUCACUAUAUUCAACUUAGCCAUUUUGAAAGCUACUUCCUUGAAAUUUCAGAGCUAUAUUGAAAAAUAUUCUUUUACAUACAAACUAAUGACACUGUGCAAUGCACAUAUGUUUUAUACUAAUAUUUUACAUUUACAAUGAUCUCAUGCAGCAUUUAAUAAUUUAUUCUUCUUCAUAACUUACAUGGCUCCCACAUUAUUUCUACCAUACUGUGGUACUUUUUAGUCAUUCUCUCUGCAAUUUUACUACUUGCAUUAACCUGUCAUACAUUGUGUGUAGAGGCAUUAUUUUCCCCAGCUGAAAUGCAAACCUACAAAAAGCGACAAAUAUUUUGUUGGACGAAACUUAGCAUUUUUUACAAAAAUAUUAUAUAUACAAUUUUAAAUUUAUUUUGUAUGAUAUGUUGAAAAGAUUACCAUUCAUUUACUUUCUGCCUUUGUUGGAAUUUAACUGGCUUAUUCAAAUUGAAAGUGUUUUUAUUGUAAAUAAAAUGUCCACUAUUGCCAGUGUAUUUAUGGAAAAAGAGUAUAUUGUGUAUAGAUUUGCACUUGCAUUUUAUUGUUACUUGGAGAGAGCUGAUGAAGUUUGGUAUACCUUCUCUGUGGAUUGCUUUGAUUUGUGCAGUGUUUCUUAAUGAAGGUGAAAAGGCAGUCCUGCCGGAUAUAUGAAUAUGGAAGAACUCACACUAAUGAUAAUUUGCAAAUUGAAUUUAACCUUGCCAGAUUUUUUCUUCCACAUUGAAAUGGAAUGCUGCUCACUACUUAUAGAAAUAACAUUUCAAAUCUGCCUCCACUUCUUGCAAACAGUUAAUGUCUCACAUUUCACUUCUGUGCAUGUUGUGCUCUUAUAGGUCAUAUUUUUCAUUAGGGAAACCAAAAAAGCAUGCUGAGUAAUACCAGUUUGGCAAAUACACAAUCAGUACUGGACUGGUAUUUAAACACAAGAGAAGGAUAUGGAAGGAUGUAACUAUUGCCAUGUAUAUAGAAAAGUUGUAAAUUCCCUCCAACACCUUUAUUUUGACUAUCGGCAUUUUGUUAGAAAAUCGCCAACUCUAGAGCUGUUAAUAUUUUACGAUUAUUUUAUUUUUGUUUAUUUGCUUCUGUUAAGACUGAAUAAAAGUUUCCUUAUUUUGUA